CCGCCUGCCCGGCGCUUCCCCCGCCGCGGCUCCGCGUCGCGCCCCCCGCCAUGUCGCGGGGCUCCCGCCUGGCGCUGGCCAUCUCCGCGCUGCUCUCCGCCGCCAUCGUGGCGGCUGUGCACGUCCAGCAGCGCCGGGAGCUGGAGAGGCUUCGAAGUGGCGUUGUCAGAGAUCUUGAGCGUCAGAAUCAGAAAAAGGAGAACAUUCGCCUGUUAGAAGAGCAGAUCGCUCUGACAAAGCAGCUCAUGGAAGAGAGAGACAAGGCGCUAAUGGAAAGACGGUCCCAGUAGUCUUAGGGGAAGGCCUGGCUCCUUAGAAGUUUUAUUAAAGAGGUUUGAAGGUCAUUUGCAUCUCACUUCUUGCAGGUGUUUUAACAAACAGAGGUUAUCUGUGAAAGACUGGUUAUUUUGUAUAAGUUAUAAUCUAGCCUCUAAAGCUUUAGGGCAGACAAAACCCCAUUUCCUCUGUGAUUGGUACUUGGACUGUGGAGAC